AUGUACUAAUGCACUCAUCACCCAAACUGUUAAGUAACUACAAUAUGUAUUGAUUCCCAUCAAUGUAAUCGAAAACUAUGUCAUAUAUGUGUUUACGAGCAUAAAUCUAGCAAAAGACCUCUCCCCAUAGAACUGUUUUAAGAUAGAUUAACUGAAAAGGUUAAUGAGUACAAACUUGAUGACCAAUAAUAAUAAUUAACUAUCAAAACAAUUUUAAAAUCUGCCCUAUCGGAUAUAGAAGAGAGGAUUCGGAAAUUACACUAACAAGUGAUUGAUGAUAUUAACUACACACUUGAUAAGAUUGACUAAUAAGAUUAAUAGUAUAUCCAUCUUAUAUAUAAUAAUGCCAAUCCAAUAGAAUCCUAAAACUCUGAUUUGGAUAAGUUAGUAGAUAUGUUAGAAGGAAAUACUUUGAGUAAUUGGGAUGCCCAAAAAAAAUCUUAUCAGAUGAAAUUUACCAAAGCAUUGAAUUGGAUAGUUCAAGAAAUGAAUAUGUAUGAAUAAAGAUUUCAAGUUGAAAUGAAGAAUAUUUCCUCAAUUGAUUAGUGA